AAAAAUUCCCAUUUCUUUUUACUCUUACCCCCUUUUUUUUUUCUUUCACUUGAUUCCACAAUGUCAUUAUCUAGACAAUCAUCAACAAUACUUGCUCACUAUUUUGAUUAUGGAAUGUCUUGUUUGGAACAAGCUGCUAUUGCUAUUUUGACAAAAGGAAGAAUACCAAAACAUCUUGGAUUUAUAUUGGAUGGUAAUCGCCGCUUUGCUAGAAAGAUGGGUGCUUCAUCAACACGAUUUGGUCAUUAUGAAGGAUUGAAACGACUAGAAAAGGUAUUGGAAUUAUGUAUGCAACUAGGUGUCCUGGAAAUCACAGUUUUUGCUUUUAGUAUUGAAAAUUUUAAACGAUCUCAAGAAGAAGUAGAAUACUUGAUGCAAUUAUUUCGGGAAACAUUCAUGGACUUUUGCAAUAAUAACAAAUUCAUUAAAGAUAAUGAUAUUCGUGUACAGUUUUUGGGCAACUUGGAUUAUUUACCAAAAGAUGUGGCAGAUCUGGCAAAACAAGUGAUAGAUCAGACAAGAAACAAUAGAGGACGUACAUUCAAUAUAUGUUGUCCUUAUACUUCAAGAGACGAAAUGACCACAUCCAUUAAGAAAAAUAUACAACUGAUAGAGGAAGAAAAAUUGAAAUUAGAGGAUAUCAAUCAAGAGACGAUAGAACAACAACUGUUUACAUCGACAUCAUACCCAUUGGAUAUUCUUGUACGAACUUCAGGGGAAAUCCGUCUCAGUGACUUUCUGUUAUAUCAAGCAAGUCAAGGUUGUCAAGUACAUUUCAUUGAUUGUUAUUGGCCUGAAUUCUCACUCUGGAAGUUCUUACCGAUUCUGUUGGAAUAUCAAAUCUAUUACGAUUAUAUGCGAAAAUGAUCAUAACUAUUAGUUUAGUUUAGUUUAGUUAUAGUCAUAUCUUCUUUGUAAAUAAAAUUAUUACUACUGAUCAAUUUAACGUGAAUAAAUUGUAUCAAAUUGGAACAGCGAAUUCGGC